AGCGUAGAGGCUGUACGCUUUUCCGCCGAUACCGACGUCAUGAUAUGCGGCUUUGGCAUGUUUGGUGGUCGGGGAGAGUAUACCUGCAAGUUGAAACUAUUCGAUUUAGGCGCCGAUGGUGGCGGCUAUGAGAAGGAGGGUGUUCUAAUUAGCGAAACCAAGGAGGUGCCAUUUGAGUGCGCUGCUCGCAGUAAACAUCACAUUAUGUUGCCGAAACCCAUCAGUGCUGCAGCAGGACGUUGGUAUUUAGUUUGGGCGCGUAUUGCUGGGCCCUCUUCCGACUGCGGCUCUUGUGGUCAAGCCUCUGUGACAACCGAAGAUCAAGUUGUCUUCACAUUCAAGUCAUCGAAGAAAGCCAAUAAUGGCACUGAUGUCAAUUCCGGUCAAAUACCAUCUAUUCUCUAUCGUCUCAUCACACAGGAAUCAAAACAGCCCACUGCGCCGGUUGAUGUGGAUCCGGUGCAAAAGAUUACAAAAGCCUUUGCGAAUACAGUAAGCAAGGAGUGCUUUGAGAGUUUGGUAGUUUUGCUCAAUUGGUCUUGGGAGACAUUCAAGACAAAUUUGCGCGAGCAACGCGAUAAAGGGCGGCAAUUGCAAGUGAAACAAUCAUUGGCUUACCUAAUUUAUGUGAACAAGUCCUGUCUGCGCCUAUUGCGUAAAUACACCAACGAGAUAUAUCCCCAACGUGCCUCCGCAACAUUUGUUAACACGCUGGCGGCGACAAGUAUCGCAAAUGCGCUAACGAAGCUGCAGACACGCGCUGGCAAGACGGGGGAUGGCAAGGAUAAAAAUUCCAAAUCCAUGUUGAGCAAUUCUGCGUCGACUGUUAUUGCGAAUAAUGUAGCAAAGUACUUUGGUGAAACCUCAUCAGCAACCACAUCAAUGUCUGGUGCUGCAAACAACGGGUCGACUCGCAAGCCCAAUAUGGAGAAUAUACAAUUGGCCGAGUGCAUUGGCAACGUACGCGCGCUUCUUAUUGGCAUAUUCUGCGAUGAUGUUUUCAAAGAUAUUUGUAACGAAAAAGGCUUCGUCAUGGUUGUAGAAAUAUUGGAAGAAUGCCACAUCAGUUUUGUGGCCUGUUUUGAUGCCUUCUAUCCUACCUCGUCGCUAAAAUGGAAUUGCUUGUGCGAUCUGCUCUCCCAAAUGGACAAGCAAGGCACCUUACAUUCGCGGCUGUUGAGCGCCAUACUGGCUGGUCUUUGUUCUCCUUCGGUCAAAUUGCGUACCACGUUUUCGCUUCUUAAUCCAGGCAAUGAGCGCCAAUCGAUAAUUAGUCCAAGCGACAACUCUGGUCUACCAAUGUUGUCAUCCACUGAAGCACAUCAAUAUCCAAUACUUGUAGAACAAAUGAUCUAUCGUACGCAGCAGGAGAAAAGUGACUUUCUUAGUAAUUCGUGGACUUUCAAAGAUGUGCUCGUGCGGCUAUUGGACAUCAUCGCGAAUCCGAUACGCGCACGCAUUGAGAAUAUUUACAAUCGCAGUGUGCAAUUUAAUUAUACAGCUGCUUACGGCGGUAAAGAUAUUAAUCAAGGAUUGAUCGACAACUGCUGCCAUCUCUUGGCGCGUGUGUUGGCCGAAAUAGUAUAUCAAACCUCGUUGGGCGAUUAUGACAAAAUGUUUAUGCCGCCACGCAGCCUUCACUCUACCGGUUCCCGUUUUGCGCGCUGCGACCAGAGCCGCACUUGGAACACCGGUAAUUUCGGACCCGAUGCGAUUGGGUUUACUGUGGAUCGAGCUGGUAUUGCAAUUGCGGGCGCCAUGGUGUUCUCUGGUUCCGGUUCAUAUGAUUACCAAUUGGAAUUGUUGUAUGACAACACCGUAGAUUUGCAGUCUCAACACAAAUGGGAAACACUCGAAUCCGUAUCGGGCUCAUACGAUCAGGAUGUAGUACACAAUGAUAUGACAGAAAUAAAAUUUGAGAGACCGGUGCACAUAAAGGAAAAUGCGCGUUAUGCACUUCGCUUGUGCUCACAAGGCGCCCGCACUUGCUCCGGUGAUGCAGGCAUGCCUUCGAUACGUGGUCCUUGCGGCACUACAUUCCAGUUUUACUCCUGUGACUUGAGCUUCAAUGGCACUACGCCACAACGCGGCCAAAUACCUUGUAUACUUUAUUAUAGCACGCCCGUAAAGAGUGAUGGGUCGGGAGGUGGCUGUGGGGUCGGCAGCAUUGGCACCAGUGCGAACGGUGCACCACCCUCGAAUGAGGUGACCACUCGUGAUACUGCUUUGCAAAUUGCCAGUGAUAUUACAAAAAAGUGCACUGAAUUGUUGAUUUUAGCACGCAAUGCUUUGGCGGCUUCACUCUCACCAUCAGACAACUCAUCGAAUCACACACAGACUAUUGACUCCGAGCACAAUAUCACCCCAAUUGAGGAGCAUAUGGACAUCAAUUGGGCCAAUAAUUCUCGUACCUCUGUGCUACCUGUAGAUGCGAAUAUAUCAACUGCACGUGAUAUAACAAAACGCAUUGAAUCUUUUUCGAAGGGCAUUAUGGAGACUUUGAAAUUUGACAAGCGCUCUACAAAUCCAUUUGAAAUGGAAAUCGAAAUAGGCGCCACAGAAAUACAUCCAAAAGACUUGAUGAUUGAGGAGAGUACAGGAGUGCAGGAUUUGAAUUUCCGUAAUGGUCAAAUAGCGAAGCUCAACGGCAAUGAACGUGUGGAUGAUGAAGAUGAAGUAGCAGAGGAGUUUGUGAAUGUGCAACAUCAUCAUCAGCAGAACAAUCAGGUUGGCAUUGGUGGGAUUCUGCGCUCCGAUUCGGAAGAUGUGCCAGCUACUCAGUUAACCGUUGUACAGAUUAUGGAAGUUUUCAAUAUGGCAUCAUCCAAUAUGUUCCAUACACUCUUACCGCUCGUUUAUGCGCAUAUCGCUAAUUUGGCAUGCAGUGAUCCAAAAAGUUCUGUUCAAAUACUCGGCAUGAUUAAGGAAAUACUGCCGCAUAUUGCCGCACUCAAUCAACUUUACGCUACGAAAGAUCAAAACGUUGCACCCAGUGCCGCAGCCACCAUUAGUCCGGCUGCGGCCGCGCAAAGCGUGCGCAAUGCUAUUGCCGUCGAUAAUCGUCAAUUCCGUUCGCGUAAAAAGAGCGAAAGUGAGGCACAAAUGCUAGGCGAUCGAAAUGCAAGCGAAACCAUCACCACUAGCAAUCAUUAUUGUGUGGUGGAGAGCGAACAUCCAUAUCGUAGCGCUACAAUUAGUUGUCAGCGUGUUGAAUUUCCUUCCUGUGUGCAGUGGUUAACUAUAGAGUUCGAUUCGCAAUGCGGCACUGCGCAACUGGAGGAUUAUCUAUUGCUUUCCAUACCCAUGCGUCCGACAAUUACCGAACCUUGUCCAUCGAAUGAAGACUACUUUGAUAUGUUGGAUAAUAAUAUGCGGCGUUCAAAUGGUUGCGCAGGCAAUUCUCUGAUAAGCAGUUGCUAUAAAAGUGCGAUUGGAAAAGAGGAGGCGGAUGUUGGUACGAGUAUGGAGCGCGACUGGAUUGUGGUGAAGAAAUUUAAUAGUUCUUCAAACUGGAUGCAAAAUGUUAUGAUUUUACCCGGUAAUUGUGUUGAGUUUUCAUUGGAAACAUCUUCGCUGUACGCACAGGAUCCCCACAUUAAUCGUUAUGGCUUUAAAUGUCUUGUUGUCGGUUAUGAUAAUCCAUCGACGCUAAGCGCUGCUAAUUCAUGUUUAAUACAACUGGAGCAGGAAUUAGCGUAUUUAGGUGGCAUGUGCAGCGCCAAUCUCAUGAAAAAGGACCUCAAUUUGCCAGACGAUAAAGAUAUGGAGGACCUCGGUGGUGUUGAGGAGACUAUAAAUAUUCAUCAUGCACUUUUAUCAAAAGGUUUUGCGCUAUCUGAGCCAGUUUUAACAGUACAUCAAGCAUUAGAAUCCUAUCUGCCAAUUGGGUAAGUCAAUAAAAGU